CUAGAGAACCCGUUCUUUAUUAUAAAUAUUAUAGACUUUAUAGAGAAAUAGAUAGAUAGAUCUCUAUAAGUAGUAUAAGUCUGUACUCUAUACCGGUAUAACCGGGUAUAUUAAUAAUAUUUUAGAUUUAAUAAUCUUUUAGACAAUAGUAAUAGGUAUAUUUUACUACUCAUAGACUUAUCCAGAAUCUAAAUAGAUAGUAGAUCUAUAUUCAAUAUUAUGGAGGAUCAUGUUUCAAGUAAUGCAGAUACAGAGGUUCCUAUUAAAGGUGAAAAUGAUGCACCAUUUAGUUUUACUGUAACUACUUUAUAUCCUAAAGAAAUUUCAGACAUUUCCUACAGUAGCUUGCUUCAUACUGAACUGAAAGAAGAAUUGAGUGAAACUUCAGCAAGCAAUAUAACCAUGCCAAAAAAUGAUGAUUACAAUGAGGCUUUGUAUCUGAAAGACAAUGGCAAAAAUAUCUGCAGGAAUGUUUAUAGUAAGAAAUCUGUUCAUGACCUGGAUAUUGACAAAGUGUUAAACACACCCAAAAGGCAAGUUCUGGAUUCAAGGUUAAAGCCAGUUCCAAUGACCCUAGUGGCCAACCUACAUAACACAAAGAAAAUAAAUAGAGCACCACGUAGUUCUAAAAGACAUUUAAUAACUUCCAAACAACAUGCAGUGGCUCCUAAAACACCUUUGAUAGCUCCUAAAGAGCCCUUACUAUUUCAACAAUCCAAAGAGCUUCUGCCAACAAAUAUUGAAAUAAACUCUUCUAUUAGUACUCUACAGACCAGUACACCAUUAAAUGAGCCAUUAGUAAAUUUUGGUAGAGCCCAGAACUUGAUGAUUGAAACACCGAUCAUUGUUGGAAAUCAAACUUUUCUAAUAAAGUUUAACCCACAAAUAUUGUUUACGCCUACAACAGUAACAUCUUAUUCAAUAAGCACAUCUGCACCCUCAAUAGCUAUAUCUAAUUCAAUUUCUACACCUACAACAGUGGUAUCAUCCCAUUCAAUAAGUAUAUUUUCUCCAAAAAUAGCAAAUGCAUCAACAUAUUCUCUUGCUUCAGUUUGUACACCUACUUCUGUAAGCAAACCCACCAUUACAAGUAGGGCACUACAUGGCCAGAAUUGUGGAGAUGUGCCAAAAACCCAAAUCCAAUCAAAGGCAAGAAAAUCUGCACGUUUAAGUAAAUCAAUAAAGAAUUCCAAUUCCUUAAAACCAUAUGAAACAAAUAAUCCAACCUCAUAUGUGGGUGGUUGGAACAUUAGUACAGGUCAACCAACUUCUCAUCAAUGCUCUCCCAUCAUGAACUCUAUCCGACCUUUACUUCCACCACAGGAGACCUGCCAAUUUUCACCCAAACAAUUUUUAAGCAGACCAUCUUUUCCUCAGCAAACAUUCCUUGAAAUGAACUCAACAGAUCAAAAUGUAUCAAACGAGUCCACAGACACAUAUUUCUUAUCUAAAUUCACACUUAAACAAGGACAACUAAGGAAGAGGAAAAUAAGUGCAGUACAUCUUCAUAAUGUUACUCAUGUUGCUACAUCAUCAUCUGUUUGUUCUUCAAAUAAUACAUCUACUACAGGUAUAUGUAAAUAUUCAACACCUGUCUCAAAUACAAAAACUCUUGAUUCAACAACAUUGUACAGUUUACAUUCUCCUGUAAAGCAGCCAUCUCACAAUAACCCACCUAUGUCAAUACUAUCAUCUCAAGCCAUUGGACAGUUGAACAUGAAUUCUGAAUUAAAGGGAUUAGAACAGUUAAAACCAAAACGUCUCACAUUUCAAGGGGAUUUCAGUGUGCUCAAAAAAGCAUUAAUGCCAUGUGUAGUUAGGCUAGAGAAACUCAAUGAUUCUAGUCUUCUUCAAGAAUACUUGCUUAACAAAAGGACUGAAAAGUCUGUGAAGUUUAGCAACAAGCUAACAAAAGUAAAUGAGCACAACCAAAAUACUUCUGAGUUGAACAAAGUGUGUGUUCCACAGGAAGGCAAGGGAGAAAUAGCCAUGAGAGAUCAAUUGUUAGACAAUAAAGAUUGUGAUUGUCCUUCUGGUGUAAGAAAUUCAGUCAUAAGUUGUACUGAAGAGGAAAAUUGCAGGAUUACUAGUGGAUCACACACAAUGUCUAAAUGUCUUCUACAAGAAGAAUGCCAUUAUAGUUCUGAAAAUGACACAGAUAUUUUUGACAGAACAGAUUGCAAUAGUACACCUGCUCUCAAAAGGCAAUUUUUGAAGAAACACAGGCAUACAACCAUAUUUUUAAUCAAACAUUCUGAGAUGUUUAGUGUAAGUGAUGACCAGGAAACAUACAAGUGCAGUGUAUGCAAGUGUUACAAAACUAACGGACUAUUUCGUCUUCAGAAACACUUAAAAAAACAUAUUGAUGGCUUUCUCAUAUGUUCUCAUUGUGGUUUGGAAGCUGGUAAUGAACAUGAUCUAGCAGAGCAUUGUCAACAUUUUCAUUGAUGUUCAUACAUUUAUUGCAUCAUCCAUGUACUACUGACUCUUAUGCAAGUCAAAACCUGGGUGUGAAAUUAAAGAGUUAAUUACUUUCAAAA